GAAGUGAAAUGGAAUAUUUUUUAAAGAUAAUACAUGUCGGCAGAUAAUUAGUGAUGCGCUUAGUUACUUCUCGGGUAAAGCCCUUUUGGACUACUUUUUAUCUAGACAGCAAUACCAUAUGAUUUCACACGACAGCGACUUACGGUGUUUAUUUCGAUUCUCAAAUAGUACCGACGCAAGUGCCCGCGCAACUACGUAGCAUUUCUUGGAGCGUUUAUGAUCUCUUAGUCGCUUCGUCAGUGCUUUCAGACUCGGUGGCGUGCCCUUUUUGUAGACUUCACCAGCAAUUUGAAGACUGCGAUCGCAAUUGCAACUGCUGCACAUCGAUAACAACGGCAGUCUAUCGCUACUUAUGCUUCCUUGGAUCAAGUUUUUCACAGCGUUGCUGCUAGGUUGGAAGGGAUCGGAUAGAAAAAAGUUGCUACCUCGUUCCUAGUACAUGGCUCAGAAAGUGUUGUUGCAAAAACGCAAAUACCACGGCAAGGAACGGGAACGAACGGAGAAGAGCGAAGCUAAAUCGCUGUUCGCUGCCCGCAAAUAGCGCUUUUUCCGACCUCAUUCCUGAUCCAACGAGGCAAGCUGGCUACGGACACAAUUUCUUGGCAUUCGUCAAAGACCACGUUUUAUUUCUGCGGCAAAGAGUAGAAGUUUUCGGCGCACUUUAUCAAUCUCAAUCUGCGACAACACCUUCCCCUCGGCCAUCAUUGUUGUGACGAGAAAAGAGCAGCUACUAACAAGAUCCGCCUUGGGCUUCCGCACCUGCAGGUCCUUCGGGCAAUUGACACGAAGCGCCGGCCGAGGAAAAACUUGUGUCGAUUGGGGUGGACGACAAGCAGCCGGCUCGGAAUCAUCCCGGAUUCAUCAAUAUUAGAGGUCGCAAAACCUGCUCUCUGGAGGAGAGAUCAUGGCGGAUCGCGCCACGUCUUCCACGGCACCGGUGCCGGCGCUGCGCCUGGGCAAUGCCCUUGGCGGCUCUCCGGUCGGAAGCCCACUCGGUGCGCGCGGGCUGGGAAGCAAGGCGAUGCGCUCCCCGGUCGCUUCGCCGCUCGCUUCACCCAGGUUGGCGGAUCAUCCCAUGGCAUCACCCCGGCUGCGGCCGCAGGACGGACCUGCACCCAAGCCAGACAUAUAUCCUAGCGAGGUAGAAAAAAAUAUUUUGAUGAUCAUUUCAAUGUGCUUGCCGUUUGGAAGGAGAUAGUAAGUUACUAGCUACUCAUGAUCCAAGAAGAGAUUCGAAUCUGGGCGCCGGCAAUAUUUAUCUUUCGUUUCCGGCUCUUUUCUACACUUGUCAUCAGUUGUGGCCUCUCAUUGCUGAGUUGUACGCGAUCUCCCUCCGCAUCCGCCGCCGCAAGAGGACUCUCUUCUCGCCGCCUUUUAUUUUCUGCUUGAUUAUUUUGAUCUCGUUCUCGUACCGGUAUCGCGAAAUUUCCACCAUGCAGCCUUGCGACUGAUUACUUCAUUUUCAGCGUGUUGCCUCCUCUCAUCUUAUUCUUUUGCCGCCAUCGUCAGGAGAAAAAAUUGCACGACGCAUUUCGUCCCGCUGCCUCCACCUGUUGCCACUUUUCCAUCCUCCGUACGGGACCCCUGCCACUGUUAAUUUUUUUGUCACCGCGUUGCUGUGUCUGUGUCGGCGCGCCAGCCGUUCGCCGCCCUACGAACUACCUGGGUGGGUCGUACUAUCAAUCUCGGAAUAUUAUUCCAAAUGUAGGCGCUUCUGAUCAUGAUGGCCAAACUAACAAACUUCUUGGACAAAGUUACCCUAUUCCGACACUUCCACUGACAAGCUCUGUUGGCGCUGUUUGCCAACAUAUUGCGUUUCCCACGAUCAUUAUUUCGCAGGUCGGUAUGCUGAUUGAGGGUUUGCCGGAGCCCACGAAAGUAACCCGCGCGGAUCUGCUGAACAACAAGUCGCUCCCCGGGAUCCUGAAAAUGGUAACUACGGACACGUUGGUGAAUCGCUACGAGUUGACUGCGGUAAUCAGUAGGAUACUGCAGGAGGAGAAUCUGCAGGCACCAUUCGAGGAAGCGAUAAGCGGCGGUAUGAAGCACUUGCAGUCUCAGUACGAGCGAUUCGUUGGGGAAGCCAAGAAACAAGGACGACGUGUGCAUCUCCACGAUGUGCUGACCAAGAAAGAGUUCACCUGUGCCGCAGAGAUGAUCGCCAUCAAAGUGCAGCAUCUGGUCUACAAGGCGAAGGCAGGAACCGAGCCACCUAGUCGCUGCAAUCAGUAUCAGAUUCAUUAUUUGUUUGACGUCCUCUGAUGGCCUUCACGACCUACAUUAAGCAGAGGCAUAUCACAGAGCUUGCUGCGUGUCUGCGACAAGCUUGUCCAGACCAGAAUGCAUAGUGUGUAUUGAAGACUCUAUUCCUGCUAAUUGCAAUUGGAACAUCAAUCCAACAGGCUGCUGACAGAUGCUCGCGAAGUCUUGAAGCGAGCAACUGAAAUGGGUUUUUUCGCGCAGCCAGAGAGUUCGGCGCGCAUGUUCGUGACGCGUGCCCAACUUGCGCUUGACGAAUACGAUCUGAGCAAAAAACACACCGACCUUUUGCUUAAGAAGGCCGAGCCCGACUUCCAGGCUGCUAUCAACCAGGUGGAAAUCCAGGUAGGGAGAUUUAGCUACUUGCAAAUCAGACUACGGCAAUCGCAAGAAAAGUGCGUAGUAGAAGUUGUUUUUGAACAAGAGGCUCUCGUCAUGGACAUCCUUUCAUUGUAAACGACGGCGGGUUGCUGCUAACUUUCUCGAAUAUUGAAAUAACACAGCAACAAAACGCGGACGAAAGCAGCAGGGACCGGCUGAAAUGGCAAAGCGCAAUAGAGCGGGAAAUCUUGGCGUUUGCACAUACGGGUCUGGGCUGCCUCUGGUACACACAGAGAAAAUUCGGGCAGGCACUGGACGCCUUCGAGACAUGUGUCUUCAACAUACAUCAAUACAGCCCACACGUCCUGUGGUACUGACUACUCUUCGAUACCUUUCUAUACGUUAUGCAGUUCUGGAUGAUGCUGGAAGUCAACGAGGCUAUGCGCGGCGUACAGGAAUCUUUUCGUGUGAAGAAUGAUGAGCCAAUUACGAGCUCAACAAAACAGUAUCUGAAGUUUGGGCUUUUAGACAAAACUUCUCCGCUGUACUGAAAAAAGUCUUUGCAUUCGCUCGUAUGAUAUGACAAUUGUGCGGCGCGAGGAUGGCGAACCGCCACAAAAUUUUCGCGCGGUCUACCUCAACGCUUUCUCGAUGAUGCAUAAAAAAGAAGAGGUCUCGUUCGUCUGAGAGAUGUGAUGAGACAACUUCUGCAAACAUCACCCAUAGUCUGAUAAUAAGAAAGGGAAGAGGGAUAUACAAAUCCAUGGAUCUAGUAAGGAUACACCGCGCCCGCUCAUAAGAUUUGUGCAUCUUGAUUUGGUUGUUCUUCGCAAUUUUCCGAGUGGUCCCGCAAUCACCAACUCGGAACGAUCAAUCAGGUUUAUUGCCCUCUGCCACCAAGCCCUCGGCGACACAGAAAAGGCUAUGCAAGCGUUAGCGGAAGUCCUGAAAAAGGAUCCGAACCACGCUGAAGCUGUGGCAGCCCGUCUUUCGUGGAGCACAACGAGCACGCCCGCGGGACGGACGGAACUCAUGAAAAAGGUGUAUGAUCGGGCAUCGAAGGACCCCGUUUGUGCACAGGCGUUCGGCGACCUGGCUUUUCAGGCCGUGCAAAAUUUCGACAACAAGGACGAAAAGGCCAUAGAAAAGUCGUUGAAGGAUAUUGAAUCUAGGUUACAGCAGUCUUUGAGCACGACGAAGUUGAACUCCGACAAAGCAGAGACGCUGUUUCAGCUGGGCCAAGUCGCCCAGAAGAGGAAAAAAUUCGACGAAGCGAUUCAAUACUUCACGCAGGCGACAGGUAUACAUCAGCAAAGUUGACGAGCAGUUGUAUGGUCGCGCUUGUGAUGAAUCAAUCUAGAUACUAACGUAAAGUGCUGCUCAUAUGCGCGAUGUCAACUCGUGGAGGUGGUUUAUGGAGAAGUUCAGAAGUUGUGAUGAUAGAAUGUUACAGGUCUCGUUCGUCUGAGAGAUGUGAUGAGACACUGACACAACACAUCACCCAUAGUCUGAUCGCAGAGAAUUUUCUUUCGGCCCCGUCGUCAUACCACUCUUUUGGACAAUUGAGCAACUGAUGAAAUCAUUUCUCAUGGGAUCAACCAUCCGACGUUCGGAUGACGAUUUCCAGAAUGACAAGCAUAUGUCUGAACAUGUACGUAUGUAAGUCCGCGUCGCUAGUCCAACUCUCUCUCUCUCUCUCUCUCUUUACUGCUGCCCGUGCAGCUUCAUCAUGUAGCGCACGUCUAGUGUUUGUGUUUCCUAUGGCAAUUGAUUUGCAUCAUCUUGCCUGCAUACGGAAUCCACUGUGUACUAAGUAUCCAAAUUCAUAAACAACAGACAUCCGCGGCGAUCACCAGCGCGCGUUGAUGGGCCUGUACCACUGCAAUAGGGUAAUAGGAAAGCCAUUUUUCGCCCGGUCCGCUCUGCUGAAGCUGCGCGACAUGAUCCCGCACGACGUGGAGAUUAUGAGGGAGCUGGUAUUCACUUUUACAGAGUGCAAGGACUGGCGGGAGGCACUGAAGGCCUGCGAUGGUUUUCUGACCUACGCACGAAACUCCGGGGACAAGAAUUCCACCCGUGCGCGGGAGCAGGUCAGGCAGGCAGAGGUCGAGGUGAAGUCACUGCGAGCCUCCGUAUUCUCCCAGAUGCGGGACGAGCACGACAAAAGAAGUGCGCUAGAACAGUACGAGCGCAUUCUGCAGGAGCACUACCCCAUGCCGAAGGGAGAAGAACUGGACGCCGCCAAACGGGUCAACGCAGAGCGACGUCGUGAGCGAAUCGAAAAGCUGCAAGUGGACAAGCAAAAGGUACAAAUAAACGCUAUUUGCAUUGGUUUUCGCGGUCGUGGUAGAAUUUUACUCUAGAAGACGACGCUUCAACAGCGUCCGCAUUUCGCCGACGGGAUCGCGUGCUACUAACUUGAUCCACGACGAACUCAACUAAUCACGAUCCAUAAGAUCAUUCUUCUGUAAAGAAUCUGUCGUGAUGAGCCAAAGAAAAAAUGAUAAGAAGAGUCCGAAUGUGAGCCGCAUUAGCUGCUUCCUUUUGGGGAUAACCUAACGACACACCUCUGAAUUUCUUUGUCCUGUCCAAGGAUGUUUACCUGGAAAUGAAUAGAAGAAAACACAAGUAAUGAUGAGCUCACAGAAAAUGAUAAGAAGAGUCCGAAUCAACCUUGCGCUGUUGUGGAUAUCUUGACGACACACCUCUGACACUUUUCGCAAGGUAAAAUGCAAGUCGUAGUUAAAUUCUGCACUCCUGACCAUGAUGAGCACUUUAAAAAGGAAAGGAUUCCGACGGAGCAGUGUUGCUGCUUGUCUGGAGAAAAAUCUUUUAGCACUUGCUUUCUGACAAUGAGAUUGUAUGAAGCAGAGUAUCAAGUUGACCUGUAGGCUCCGGCAUGAUGAGGAAAUGAGUCUGCAUCUAUGUGCCUUUUCAUGAUGAGCCAAAUUUUAUAAAAAGGAAAGGAUCGGAACGCGCAAGUGUCGAGAACCUAACCGAGUCUGAUAAACUCACUCUGACAUUGAUUACUUGCAAACUUGUAAACUGCUUAGUCCUACAAACUUCUACCAGGAUGACUUUGAAUGUUUAAAAGGAAAGGAUUCUGACAGAGGCUCUGCCUCGUUGGAGAAAAAAACAUGCUCGUUAACGGUCUGAUGAAUUUUCGGCUUUACCCUAGGUUUUGUAGAGCUUUAGAGGCGAGAGCGGCGUACGCUGUGCGACACUCCUCAGGAUGAACGAAAGAAACGAAAUAAGAAGAGCCGUCGGAGAUCUCUAGGGAUCGAAGGCGAGACACUUUCUAAGAGCACUGGGUUCUGAUUGGGAACAUUACCAUUAGUUACUAGAUCUAGCUAGGUACUGUACAACUCGGGUACUUUCGCGGGCCUGCUGCUGCCACCCUCGUCUGGUUUCGGGGUGAUUGUUUGACGUGAUGAGAAGCAGAAACGAUCGGAUUCCCUCCUAGGUAACUUCACCGGGGAGGAGAAAACUUCUUUAGAGCACUGGGUUCUGAUAGAGUUCCUUUAGUUAUCGCCUCUCAUCAGCGCUUUGCCAUUGUGAGCAAAGCCGCUUCUUAGGAAAUGCAUGAUGAGAAGCAGAAACAUUCGGAUUCCCUCCUAGACUUUCCUGUCGGGGAGGAGAAAAUUUCUAAAGAGCACUGGGUUCUGAUAGAGUUCCUUUAUUAGUUAUGGUGUCUCAUCAGCGCUCUGUCACUGUGAGUAAAGCUGCUUCUUAGGAAAUGCAUGAUGAGAAGCAGAAACAUUCGGAUUCCCUCCUAGAUUUUCCUGUCGGGGAGGAGAAAAUUUCUCAAGAGCACUGGGUUCUGAUGCAUCGUGAAUUACGUUUUUCAACUUCGAGAUUCAUUGACCAUGCGUUGUAUUGGUAGUGGUCUUUUACGUGUUUUCUUUAUCCGCAGUGAUGAGCCACGGAAAACAAAUAAGAAGAGCCGUCUGAGGCAUGUGCUGUGCAGAGACGCUUUCUAAAGAGCACUGGGUUCUGACAAUUUGAAUAUUAUCACGGACACCCCCCUACGUCGUAUAAAAAGUUGUGAUCAUUGCGAUGAUGCGUAUGUUGUUUUUUUCCUUCCUAAACAUGAUGGCAUUCGCAUUUUACUCUACACUAAUUUGCAGGUCAUGGAAGAGUACGAUCUCAAGAAGCGCAAGGCUGUGGAGGAAAAGGCCAAGCCGCCUGUAAAAGCGGAGUUCCAGGCCAGAGAAGAGGCGAUCGAGCGUCACAUUGAAAACGAAAAGGCGAACGAAAAACAGUUCAGCUACUGGGAUUAUCUUUUCGACCAGGAUGAGAAGGCGCUUCGACAGCAUCCCGAUCUCGCGCGAUCCGAGUACAAACUUUGGAACGACGUGGCGCACUUGCACUUCCACUUUAACCAUUUGCAGCUGGCGUCGAAAUCCAUGGAGAAGGCACAGGUGAAGAAAAUGCACGGGGGGCAGCUGACGCAGGAAGACGAGGCCGUGUUGUGGUAUAAUCAAGCAGUGGUGUUCGAAAACCUGGGGGAGCUGAAGCAGGCCAGGCGCUGCUUGGAUCAGAGCCUGUCGGUGAACCCGACAAACGACGUGGCGCAGCUGAUGCACAAGCGCUUAGCGGUGUACCCGGUAAUUUUCGGGAACAGCUCCUCCAGUUCGUCGAGCUCGAAGACGCAAUUCUGCACCCCGGAAGAGGCAGAUCGAGAAUGCCGGUCCUUGGUGAAGUUGUGUACAAGCAAGAAAAAUCCGGAUCCGCAGCUGUGGCUCUUGGUGGCGGACAUCAUGGCAAGCACCGAGUCGAGUGCCGCCAUCGACUUGAUCGAGAAGCAAAUGGCAGUUUAUGACAGCGAGGCCUGGGAACUCGGUCGCGAACCGUAUCUGGAGUUUCAGCGCACACCAGAAGCCAUUUCCCUGCGAAAGAAGCAGCGCGGCGAUUUGUAUGUGCACCUGGGCAAUCUGUACUUGGAGGAAGCUGACGUCAUCUGGAUGUAUAGAUACAACUUAUCAAUCUACUUUUUUUCCAUAGAACUAUGUAUAGGCUUUCUUUCGUCAAUGUGUUGGUACCUCCGCAGUGCAUUAGUCAGCAGGCAUUUUUGUGCGUGUGGCUUUCCUGUCGGUGCCUUCUCAAGGUACCUGCAGGAUGGGCUCAAUUCGUCUGCACUGUCUGUGUUACAUCGCUGCUAAAGCAAAACCCUGAGUGCAGCGCGCUUGGACCUAUCUUUGCACUGCUGGUUUUCAGUAGCGCGCUUUGGUCUGGCGCUGCCUCAAGGCUCCGUUCUGCCGAGAGUUGACCUCAGUCUGGUUUUGUGAUUUUGGUCUUAGUAUGGCAGAAGACAAGAGCACAAUUAUAUGCCUUUCAGUGGUAUGUAGUGAGGUCACCGAACAACGGUUCUUAUGUGUCGCGGCAAGCGAACAGGAACACAGCAUUGAGCAUUAGUUUACUAUUGCCACAUCGUACCCAAGGCAAAGCACCCUCCGGAUUCACUAUUGUCAACGAUUUCCAUACAGGCGCGCCUCUUCGGAACAGAACGAUGCAGUUCGUGAGGAGCUGAAGCUGGAGGCUCUGGAUCUUUUCGCGAACGCAGAGGUAGCCUACGGACGGUCGCUUGACGACUACGGCGAAGAAUGGCCGGAAUCGGCGGCAACCGCGAAAAACGGGCUUGGAAUGCUGCUCGCGUCUGAUUUGAGCGCGAAAAGCGGAAAAAGCAGCCAGCACCUGAAAGAGGCAAUCAACCAGUUUUUGAACGCGUCAAAGCAGAAGAACAUCGACCCGCACGUGCAGGUUUUGAUUCGCGUCAACCUCGCCCACACCAUGCUUCGCAAAGACAGCAGCACAGCGAGUGCCCGCUUCGCCCUGAAGAAGUAUCUGAAUGCCUUGAAGCAUCCCGCGCUGGAAAACAACGUACGGUUGCUGAACGCCUGCGCACUCGCUUACGCUCGAGACAACGACCUGGAUAAGGCGAUUGAGUUGCUGGCGAAGGCGCAGAAGAUUGCGGAAGCCCGUUCCGGCGGCGUGCCGGACAUCGUGACCUGUUACAACAUGGGAGUCCUUAUGGACGCAAAGCAGCAGCACAUUUUUCAGAAAAACUUCAUGAAGGGGAAGGCCGAGUUCAUCGGCAUGAAAGAGAUGCGCGAGUCCUACCACUGCAAGGAAGAUGCGAUCCGCAACUUUAAUCGCGUGAAACGCUGGGGCGAGCGCAUGAAAGAUCUCAACGAGGGAACAGUGGGCCCGAAAAAAUUUCUGGUCUGGGGCCUGGAUAAGACCACGAAGAAAGAUCGGGCACGUAUGCUGCAAGUCACCGCGAAGCGCUUGAAGAUCCUCAAACCAGAGGUAAAAGUCAUCGACCCUCACGUGGUCUUCAAGUUGUACUUGCGUGGUCUGUAGUUCUAAUGGAUAUUUCUCUACUUUGAGAACAACGACAUUAGAUUUAGAGUCGAUUGCUGUCUUCCGUCGCGUGAUUACUUAAUGCCCGACUCAACAAAUUAACAGAGUGUCAAUAAAUUAAUUACAGUUCAAGAGCAUGAAGGCAGACUACGAGAAGGCCAAGGAGCGGCACGAAACGGAGCAGAGUCGCAUUGCGGCGCAGCUCAAUCACGAAAGGGAUCUGCAAAAGAAGGAGGCCGAAAAACGUACCAAACAAGAGCAAGAUCGGCUGGACCGGGAGGAGAAGAAGCGCCAGGAACGCGAGCAAACCGCCGAGGAAAUGUACAUGCAGGGUCGGGAGCAGUUGCAGCAGAUCACCGUCCGGGAAGAAGAUGGGGAUGACAAAAAGAAGGAGCUCGACAAAAACCUUCAAGGUAAGGUUCUGAAUUCAUUCUUCGCAUCAGAAAUAACCAUCAGAAAUAACCGGUUUGUCGGCUUUCACAACUAUAAGUCCUUUAUACAAAUCUGUCUGUGUCGUGAUGUGCUCGUGGUAGUACAAAAUGAUUUCAAUUUUUCUAGUCAAUUUCUGAGUCGAUGUUAUCUGACUGGUCCGCUACGACUGAGUCGGAAGUUAGGCGCCUUUUGCAUGAAAAAUGUUGUGUGAUUAUCAUCACUGUCAUAAUCUUACAGCCUUGGUGGAUGACACUGAGAUGGAACAGCCGGCGCUACCAUUCGGUCGCGGGCGUCGCCCAGGAGUCCCGUUGACGGAAGAGGAAAAGAAGCGCCGGGCCGAGCUGAAGGCUAAAAAGGCCGCGGAGAAGCGGGCAGAAAGGGGUCCCCGGGAGCCGCGGCAGCGACGAGAGCGACCCGUGGAAACCGAAGAACAGAAAGCAGAAAGACGUAAGGCCAAGGCUGACAGACGGAACGCGCGGAACCUUCGUGAUGACGGUAAGCUAGAAUCAUACUUGACUACAUUUAAACACGACCCAGCCGGUUUGCUUUUCUAUCUGUAUCCAAGACGGCAUUUGCAAAAAAGUAUAAAUAGGGGCGACGAUGACCACGACAUGCACGGUCCCCACAUGAGUCUAGAAAUCAAUGUUGGUGUCGCAAAAAUUCUUUUCGAAUCAAAUGACUUUGCAGUCGACAACCUGCAACUGGAAGCGGCAGAGGACGAGUUCGAAAUGUUCCAUGCUGAACUUGAUGUCACGAAGGGCGCAGGGAAUGUCGAGGACGCGGCAGCACCAGAAAUGAACAUGGAAGACGUCGAUCAAUUCCUCGCAGACGAAGCCAUCGACUUCGCGGACAUGCCAGAAGAUGACGACAGCAGAAAGAAAAAGAAGAAAAAAGACAAAAAGGACAAGAAGCGCGGUCGCGACGAUGGAGACGAUGAGGAAGGCGGGAAAAAGAAAAAGAAGAAGAAGAAGGAUCGCGACGGCAACAAAAGUGAUUAAACACAUGUUGAUGUGCGGUCAUCACUUGUUGCGGCGCGCCCUGAGGAUACCCGGCGCGGCGCGGUCACACGACGUGAUAGGAGGACUUUUUUAAAACUACAAGAACUCGAAGGUUGAUUCGACUUCGAGGCGGUCGCACAGCAGCUCCGCCGCUUCCCCUGCAAGAUCCAUUUUCAUUUGCAAAUGCGGCCGUCUGAGGUGAGGCAUAUCUGUAUUUUAAUCACGCAAGUAGAUUUUUGUAUUCGAUCAUAAGGAAGAACCAACAGGUCCCCGGAGUUCUUUGACGUAUUGAAAAUGUGCUUUAGGUUAAUGCUUACUUUACUAGGAUCAUCACUUUGAUAAAGACGACUGUUUCGCUUCAAGAGAAAAAUUUGCAAUGCGCCGAAAAAAGAUGAUAGAUACCGGCAGAGUUAUAUCAUCGAAGCACCCGUACAGAAAAUAAUACUAGUCAAGCUUUGUCUGUAAGAACAUCCACCACAAGUAGAUGAUGGAGUUUUCAGAGAUUAUCGAACAUAAAAAAUUGAGAUAAGCAUCAGCGUUUUGAGCUUACGUUACUGAUUCUGAUUUGAACCGAAAUACUCGAGAGUUUAAGUCACAUACUUAAUUGAUUCAGACUCUCCCCCAUAGGGUAGUUUGCGAUGCAUCGCAGAGGGGGAGGAAGAUUGAAGUUGGAGAUAGCGAAGAUCUCAACCACCCUUUAUCGAAGGGGUUUCGAGUUGCAGGUCCCUCCAGGUAGAGGUAUUUGCACUGCGAGUGCCGCUGCGACACGCAGAGCUCGGGAUUCACGAAAAGUGUCAAGAGCCGACUUGUGGUAACUUUAUCGACGGUUGUGGGACUUUCUCCUCGCGUAAGUAGCUUUCCUAGGCCUAUUUCUUGAGCUCGUGGCAGACCAAAUCUUUUGCUGGCAACACAAUGGCAAUUGUGAGCGGCUUGCUAUUUUCCCUAUUCAACUUCAAGGAAAAUGGAAAGAUCUACGAAUUUGAGAACCCAUGACCUGGAGCGUUUCAUAAUUGUUUCAUCAUAAUCAAAAUGACCGAUAAGCACAACCACACCUGUACACCUCACACGACACACAGCCUUUUGCUUUCCGAAAAAACGAAACUUGUUAUGAUAGAUCGCUGACAAAGAGUCUUUAUCAGCAGCCUGGGAGAAUGGAAAUCAAUAUGAAACCGUAUGAGAUUUUUACACUCAAAUCAAAAUGCCCUGUAUCAUGUCUCUUACAUAGCUAACGCUCAGUGCUUUGCAAAUCGAAAUCCAUAUGAACAAUGAAAUCGUCCAGCAGUGGGGCUGGAGGCUAGUUUAUUGCGCGACUGCAGCUCCGACCAUUUUUCAUUUUCUGUCUCUCAUCGGCGAACGGUC